CACUUUCUAAGCCUUCAGGUAGAUCAGUAUUAUUAAUUGCAGCAUGCGGUUUAUUACUGAUAUUACUGAUUUAGAUGGAAAAUAUGCUGUGGGAAAGAUACAAAAUCAUGAAUCAUGUAAUGAUAAAUAGGUGAGGUAAUAAGUAAUUGCAAUUUGUUUACUUUUUAUAUCGUGCAAAAUGUUUAUGCAAGGCGUAAGUGCAAAAGUUUUUCCAUAAGUAGCCCAAAUGAUAAAAAAGGUGUUAUCAUGAUUUUUUAAAUUUUAUAAUUCAAAUAGAAAAUAGGACAGGCAACCAACAAUACACCUUCACGCUGGAGAUUAAUAUCUUCCCAAUCAAUGGCUUUUAAAACUUUCAAAAAUCAAUUAUGCAGCUUUAAAGAUAAUCUUUAUAACUAAGAUAAACGUUUAGAAUAAUUUUUUAAACUAAUCCACAUAUCAGACAAAAAAAUAUCUUGAGAGAUAAAAUCCAUUUCCAUGUACAGUUUUUCGACUUGAACGCCCAUCAAGUUGUUUAAUUUUGAAUAAAUAUUUUCAUCGGUGGUUCUGUUAAGCCCCACGUGACUUUCAGAUGCUUCUCGGCCUGAUCUAAUUUUGGCGAGUGCCUACUAACGUCGAGGCGCUGUCGACGUCUUCUAAUUCAGCGUUCUGUUCUGUAGUGUUUACUGUACAACUUUAUUAAUGGAAAAAGAACGAUUAGUAUUGUAGAUUUCAGCCGUUGUUGCAAAAAUCUAGCUGAGAUAAUAAAGAUUCGAAAAUGAUUCGCGUUGACGAAAAUGAUCCGGUUGGCGAAGUUCAACUCAGUUUUCCAUACAGAAAUGUACAAAUACAAAGAGGUGUUGAUCCAAAGGAAUUAUACGAAUUAGAAUCGGAGAUUGGACGUGGAAAAUUCGGAACUGUUUACAAAUGUCGCGAAAAAGCCACCGGCUUAUCCCUAGCCGCGAAAUUUAUCGCCGUUCCCAAGAAAGAAGAUCGCAGAAAUGUAGAACGAGAAGUAGACAUAAUGAAGACAUUGCAACAUCCGCGACUCAUUCAACUUUAUGAUGCUUUCGAAAACGGGAAAGUCAUGUGUGUUAUUUUAGAAUUGAUCGAAGGAGGAGAACUAUUUGAAAGAGUCAUCGAUGAUGAUUUUGUUUUAACUGAGAAAAGUUGCACGGUUUUCAUGCGACAAAUCUGCGAAGGGGUCGAUUUUAUCCAUAAACAGAGAAUCCUACAUUUAGACAUGAAACCCGAAAACAUUCUUUGUCUCACAAGAACAGGCAACCGAAUCAAAAUUAUUGAUUUUGGAUUAGCUAGACGUUUUGAUCCUGAUAAAAAACUUCAAGUUUUAUUUGGCACUCCUGAAUUCGUAGCACCCGAAGUUGUAAAUUUUGACCAAAUAGGUUUUGGGACCGACAUGUGGUCUGUUGGCGUCAUUUGUUACGUUUUACUAUCAGGUCUCUCUCCUUUUAUGGGGGCCACAGACGUUGAAACCAUGGCAAAUGUAACAAUUGCAAAAUAUGAUUUUGAUGAUGAAGCUUUCCAGGAAAUUUCCGAUACUGCGAAGGACUUUAUCCAAAAACUCCUCAAAAAAGAUCUCAAUCAAAGAAUGUCAGCGGAAGAAUGCUUGAACCAUGAGUGGUUGAAACGAAAAAAGACUGUAGUACCAAGGUCCUCAUCCAUGGAUGUUACCAAAGACAAUUUAAGACAAUUUGUCGAACGCUGGAACGAACAUCCAAAUUCCCCUUACGUUUUUGAAGUGACUUCACAACUUAUAGCCCCCACGUGUACUGGAGGACUUCACUUAUCCGAUUCUUUGCACUCUUUAGUAGGAAUGUCACCUUCACCUUGUGGUUCUUUGGCGUCAUCUCCUGGCUCUGAUAACGCCUUUUUGAACAACAACGAUCUUUUGAUGCCUCCAAGUGUGGACCAUUUCAGGCGAUCGUCUGAUAGUACUUGCAUUUUGAAAGGCCCGGAUGUUGCAGAAAGGAUAAACCUUGCAGAAGAAAUAAGAAAAUUGUCAGACAAGUUAUUCCAACUAUCCAACAUGUCGACCUCUGUUACUAAUGACUCCUUCGACGAACUUUCCUUACCCACAAUAAUCCCCAAGAAGGUUAACAAAGAACCAACAAUAAUAAAUCAUUCCCCUGUCGAAAGAAGCAUCCCCAUCAAAAUCGAAUCGAAAGUCCACAAUGGACUUCCAAGAGACCACCCUGAAAGCCCCAAUUGUGGAGUUCCUUGGAGGCGAACCAAAUACCGUUUAAACUACAUGAGUAGAGAUGUCCCCCUCAUAGCUAAAAACUCACAAACUAGUUUUCAAAAUCAAUUCGAGAAAAGUUUUAAUGAGACUUCGAGUAUAGACAGUACGAAAAAUCUUCUUUUAAGACUACUAGAACAAUGGGAUGGUCCCCAUGGCCCUGCACGACCCAAUGCAAGACAUGGAUCUAUUUCAACAGAGUGGAGUGAAAAUGAUACUCUAGGUCAAAGAUCGAUCAGCUCGUUAAAUAAUUUUUUCCAAUCAAGAGCCACCAGUAAAAAAAUUACAACGUUUCAUAGUCAUAAUCAAUAAUUUAUUUUUCUUUUACUAACGCUUGCAUUUUGUUUUUGGCUGUUUUGCUUUAAGCCGAAUUUGAGGCUUUCGGCGAUAAGAUUUUUGUUCGAUGUUGUCUUUUUGUAAAUGUUUGCUUUGUGACUGGAUUUUGUAAGAGGUUCUGUUUGAUGUAAUGUCACAAAAUUCGACAAACAGGAUAUUUAAAAUUUAUAUAUAGAAGAACUUUUAGUACGUGUGUUACAUGUAAACAGAAUUUCUGAUUUAGAUCGAUAUUUAGCUUAUAAGCUUAGUGAAAAUACGCAUUUUACAAUUUUCAAUGCUUUUAUUGGGACCAGCGAAGUAUCUUAAAGUUACAAUUAUGUUGAAUUGUGUAUGUAUGUCAUCGUUAAAAUAAAAAAGCCAAACGUUUUGUUUACUCAUUAUUAUGAAA